AUGCGGAGAACCGGAUCUGGGAGCCGGAGCGACAGAACAACAGAUGGAAGCCUCCCUGAGUUUUCUUUCUCUCGACUUCGAGAAUUCGACGAAGCUCUUCCUCUCUUUGGAGCAAACGAUGGAACCUCAGUUCGGCUCUCCCUCGACCGCAGCGUCCUGCUUGUUCUCGAACCCGCAGAGCCCCUGCUAUCCUCUUGGCCCCACCCGGGGAGAAGAGACACUUUUCUUGAAGGAGAUGGCGCGGGCAUCCCGUCUCCUUCAUCUCGGCCGAGUCGCGCGGCCGACCAUUACACGAGACUCUCCACGAUUCGGUCUCUUGCCAGGGAUGGAGAGGUCGACUCCGAGCUGGCGGGGGGACCGCAGGAAAGAGAAAGUGUCAUAGUGGAUCCGGAAAGUGGCAGAGAAACAGUCAUGACGUCUGCGUUGGCUCAAGCGGCGCUUGCACACGCAGCCCCGUUUCAGUCCAUUGCUUGUUACUUGUGUAGCGUGAAGGGUCCGAGGGGCGCGUUGCUCGAGUCUGGCUUCUCGGACGUUGCCAGCGAUCCUACCGGCUCGGCGUCGUCCUCUCUCGACGAGCUUGCCGCGCGUUGUGGCGGGACGGUUUGGGCGGGACCGCGUUACGUUUCUGAACCCCCAUAUGGGACUUCGAAACGGUCGGUGCGGCUUUCGGGUGCGACGUGGGACCUCCUCUGGGUGCAGAUCCCGGACCCGCGAGAAGUGCUUCUGCGACAACGCCAGGAGGAGGCUGCAUCAGCCGCUUCACCGGGGAAUGACGAAGACAUCCCACAGAAUCGUCCGCAGAGAGGCGCAAAGGCCCACCAAACCGAGAGAUGCAUGCGUCAACUGCGCUUGCGAGGUGCGCCGCCGUUCAGCGAUUUGCGCGGCACCACGCCGUGGGCAAGCGCGGCCGGGCACAUCGGUGGAGAUGAAGAACAUUUCCUCAAGCUCCCCAGUGUUCCUGUCUUGAUCACUCUCUCUGAGGCGUCUCUGGACUUCUUCCUCUUCGAUCGGGUCUCGACGGCAGACGCCCCCCUUGUGGACUGCUGCUACGACGGCUGGUGUGCGUGGUCUCCAGACACAGAUCGAGGAGAUAGGGCCGCGCCAGCAGGUGCCCACACGGGACAAUUUCUCCACCCUGGAGCCGAGCUCACGACGGCUGCAUGCGCAUGCCACCAGACGUCGGUCCAGGGAACGGAGACAAAGGUGAGUCGCCGGGAGAAGGGACAGCCCGGAGAUCGGCGCGGGGCUCGAAGAGCGACCAGGCCGUCUCCCUGGCUGAUUGAGUGGGACUGGUGGUGGUGGCAGAGGCCCCACUUCUCUCAAGAACGCUGUGCGUCGUCCCAGGAGAGCACGAGGUAUAGGCCCUUCGCUUCCCUUUCCACCAUUUCGAAGGUUGAAGAGCUGAAGCAUCCAGCUGCGGCGAGCGGCACCCGCGGACCCUUUGCUGAAACAGAGGCGGAUAUGAGUCUCCCGGCUUCGGUGUGCGGAGAUAUAUCGCAAGCGGCUCCACGUUUAGAUCUCCCUGGAACGGAUCGUGGCGCGUCGCGCCUAGACGAGCUGAGAGAUGUGUUCAGCGACCAAGAAGCCGCUUUCCACCUUCACGAAGAAGUCAUCUGCGGAGCAGGAAAUGCGGCCAGCGCGACGGAGCUUGGCAGCGACCAUAUGGAUGCCCGAGGGAUACUCUCAUCUCCUUGUAGCUGGUUCGGACCCGAUGCAGGGAAUUCUAUCCGUCGAUUCCGGUUGCCUCUCCGGGCACUCCUUCCGCUUGUCACCGUGAAAAAGAGGAAAGGCGGGAAGGCAGAGGCAGAGGCUCUCGGCAGAGCUGGGCGAACGUCGAAGGCGGGGAAGAAAGAUGACACGAGCGGUGAGCAGCUGACUCGGCCAGUGGAGAAAGUAAUGGUGCGACGCGAAGAGAAUGAGCUUCAGUCGGAGCCGCGUGGCGAUAGGAUGCCGGCCUCUCACCCUUGGCCUUGGGGUGGUACGGAAAAGGACGCUUUGGAACACGGCUGCUUUCGUCUUCAGUUCUGCUCUGCAUCGAAGGCCGACGAGCUUGUGAUUGUCUGGAACUAUGCCGUUGCUCUUUGGUGCACGGUGUCCCACUGUGGCCUACUUGUGAAAAGACGUUUUUGGCUUCAGCGAACGAUGUCUUUCACCGUGUACGAAAAAGAAAUUACGGAGUCCAAUGCGGGGAACGCUCUCCACUCGACGCGGCUUGUGAGGUCAACGACCCGAGCUCUCGCUCCCGUUCAGCUCCUCUCUCUUGCCUCGCGUAACGAAUUGCUCUUCGCCCUCACAGCGCCCCCAAGACAACACCUUCUCGUCUGGUCUCUGCACGGAGUAGCGCUCUACGCUAUCACCUUGCAUUGUUAUUCUCCGCUCUCGGCGACGCCUGUGCUGAGUGUCUCUCCAAAAGCGUCGCGUUGCGUUCGCCUAUGCAGGGGGUCUGCAAUCUCUGCAGCUUCCAGCGGCUGCCUGCUCUCGGGAGAUAACGCAGUCCGCUGCCUCGAGAACCCUGAUAGUGAGGCACCUGGCGGAGGUGUCUCUGUGGCAACAGGUCCUCGCGGGCGAGGGAUGCUUUCUCAGCGUGGUACCGCUUCGGGCCUGGCAGUGGAGACAGGCAGCCGUGACAGCCCGACCGAUAGGACGCUGAGUAGGAAGGCGAGAGGAGAGGAUAUCUCGGAAAGCCAACCGUCCGAAGGUUCUCGGGAGCCUGCACCGAAUCGAGCGACUCGGCAGAAUUGCAGACAAUCCUGUUCACGGCUCACAGCAUUGGAUGGCGGCGCCAGAGGCGAGCUUUUGGCUGGGCGGCAGCGCCGCACGGUGCGCUCGCCCUUCUUUCUGUCUCUCCAAGUCACUGUGGACUGUACGUACGCCGUCUUGACCGACAGCGACCACGCCAUCUGGUGCAUCGACCUCGACGCGUACUUUGCCUCUUCUCCACUAGAGACAGCCGCCCACCUCCUUGCGUCGUCAACCUCGAUGCUUCUCCGUCGAUCUCCUCUGUCGAGUGCCGUUCCAUCUCUACGGGACCGGGGAGGGGGGGGAGCCUCUCCCGAAACUGGCUCUGCCUCCUUGUGUGCGACGGCUUUGGGUGCGCUUCUUCCGCCUUCGACGGCCGCGAAAAUCUUAGUUCCAUCUGCAGCUUCGACCACGCCCAGUCCCGACUCGUCUCGGGUUUGCCCGGGGGCGCGGCGGUCCUGUGCCCCGCCUCAGGAGGCCUCGAGCCGCUCCUGGACGGCGGUCCUGGAGGAGCGCCGGCGGGUGGCGGAAGGCCUAACUUGGGCAGCGCAGCUUCACCAGGCAUCGGCAGCUCUCUCAGCCUUUCCGUCUGCCUUUAAUCUUCUUCCCCUUGUCGUUUCUGUCAAACGGCUGCUGGUCCCGACGCCGCCGGUAUCUCAACACGACGGCGGGUUCCGUCCGGAGCCAGACAGCAAAGUCUUCGCUGGUGUUACGCCCUACGAAGAUAGUGACUGGAGAAGACAGGAGGGAAAUGUGCUGAACCGAAGCAGAGACCAAAGAGCCUGGUUUCAGGUGCAGCGUUCAGCGGAGGAACAGAAACUCGGCACAUUCGAACAAGAUGGAAGCGCUGGUGGUGUGGAGAUCGGAUGCGUGCAGAGAUUGUCCUCUUCACCGUCUUCAAUUUCUGCUCAUGUGCAAGGACGAGGAACGUUGCUCUGUGCAGAUCAUCACCACGCCACAGGGCGGUCAUCUCCGAAAUCUGUUUCUAAUGCCUCUCAGUUGCCCUUCACUGCGACCGACGCCGGCUGCCGUCUUCUUCCACACGACACGCGUCGGCGCUCGUCCUCGUGGACAGUUCACCAGCCCGCAGAGGCGGCUCAGCGAGUCGAACUCCCAACAACACCCUCGGAGGCGUUUGACGACCUCGUGGCCGAAUGCAGCCGAGUAAACCUGUCUGUCUUCUUCACUCGGACUCUCGGGGCCGCUCCAGUUGUCCCUCAGGCUCUCUGGAGGCUCCUGGACCCCUGGCGAGGGUGCGAGCAGCCCAAGAAUCGGGAUGAAGGUAAAACGCGCUCAGAGUCCAUGACCUCUGCAGACGUCUUACAUCCCUUCUCUGAAAUCCAUGGAUAUCUUGCGGACCCAGACUCUCCGCUUAGUUCCGGAAAGGAGCGUGACUUGUGUGCCCACGUGCCGGUGUCGGGAAAACGUUCUACGCACGAGGAAUCACUUGAAGGUCAGUUGUUUCGAGAGCUUCCGGAGAGACUGGCUACCGGGGCGCCUGAGGGCGCAGGAGGCAUUUGUGACGAAAGUCCACGUAGGUCGUCCACCUACGCGCGAGGGACUGCGCCACUCGAGGAAUCAGAGCGACACCGCUAUCCGCAUGUGCACAGGCCACCAGAGGGCACCUGCGGUGGCACGCAUCCCAUCGAGAGCGGAGGUGACGCGGCGACAGACUUCUGCCUUUUCACGACAUCCUCUCGUUCGUACUGGUACCUGUCAUCUGGCCCCGACGACUCCCCCGCCAUCGUGCUUUUCGCGACUCCCGCGGAACUUCAGGUGGAGAUGUUGCUCGUGCGGAAUGAGGCGCGUCGUCUAGAUCGACAGCGGCUCAUGGCUUCCCGUGUGGCUUCCCCAGUUCCAGAUGGCGGACUUGGGGGGACGAUGUCUCGCUUUCAACAUUCCCAAGGCGACGCCGAGGCGGGCUCCGGGGCUCUCGCCCUCCGGCCGGGCCAAACGGCUUCGCCAGUCCCCUCUGUCCACCUGGCCGACUUGCUGGCUCUGUCUCUGCUUCGUUGCUCGAGAGCCGUUUGUGCCCCUCGCGGGCAUCAACGACACCGGCUAAGGCGCCGGCGCGAGUCUCUGUGUCAGCCACCUGACGUGCAGCACGGCGGUUCUUCGCACAUGUCGUCACCUGUGACUUCCUCGAAUGGCCAGAGAAGCUGCAGCUCAUCCCCUGCGUUGGCCCUUCCGUUUGUGUCUGCCACGGCACCGUCGUUCUCCUUGCAGAGAGACCUCUCAGAGAGUGCUUCUCUGAUUCGAAUUCCACAGGCGUGUCUUCCUGCCCCUGGGGGUAGUGGCCAGGGUCUGGGCCAGGAGCCGGAGAAUUCGGUGCGCCCUCGGCGCCGGUGGUUCGACAGGCCGAAGCCGGAAGAACUUUUGGAGUUGUCUCUGAGUUUCGGCUCCUCGAGGGCAUCUGCUACUUCCCUUCAGCGAUCGAGUAGACACCAGCGCAUGCUGCUCUCCCAUUUGCAAAGUGGAGGCAACGCCGUUUUGCUGCUCGGCGCUCCGACCCCGCCGGGUUCGUGCACGACCGCGCCAGGGCCUUUGUACGGCGUAGGGCGUGGGGCGCCUUCGUUCGACGACAUCGGUCUUGUUGGGUCUGGCUCUGGUCGCGGAUGCCCUGAAGGAGGUUUCGAACGCUAUUUGCACCAAGGAGGGGCCUUCGGUGGGCGACUCCGUGGAGAUCUAGACGAGGGACGAGACACCAGCCUCGCGGCGGAUGGAACGGCCGACGACGACGACAGCAUUUUGGACCAGCUGCUUCUGAGCUCGCCUGCGCAGUUUUUUUGCUCGAACCAAAGUGCGGGAGGGGCGCCACGCGGUGGCGGUUUGCCAGGCUGGGGAAGCGACGCCUCAGUCAUGUUGCUGGAACUUGAUGCUCUCAUGGAUCGGAGCAGCGGGGGUCUCAUGAAGAUGCGGAUGCGUCAAGACCCACAUGGGCUACAAGACAUGCAUGAUCUGUACGCUUCGGGGCGGGUUUCCGUGCCAGAAGGAGGGGGACUUUGGACAGACCCUGGAGGAUUUUCUGGACGCUUUUCCUCUCACGGCGUCCUUCUCGGUGGCGGUGAAAGUGCGGCCGUAGAAGACCUUCUCUCGCUGCUGUCAGCAGCACUGCCCCCGGGAGCCCAGGAGCAGCUUCUGCCUCUGCUGCUCCCCACAGCUGCUGAUUUCGAGCACGGUGCGGACAUUGCCUAUCGCCAGGCUUCCUCGUGGCACACGACGAACGGCGCCUUCGAAACGGCGCCUUCUGGAGACGACGAAGAGGCUCUUAGAGCCGGCACCGGUUCGGUCCAGGCCGCCGGCGGGUGCUGUGCAUGCGCUGGCCCGGUCAUGCUGCCUUCCUGGCUCACCGGCGCUCGGAUGCCGGUCUCGUGCAGCUGUUGCGCCCAGUGCGACACCGCGUGGGCCUGCGGGUCAGGUUUUAAGGCAGGAGACAGUGUUGCGGAUGCGACCGAGACGGAAGGGGGAAACGUUUCACCGAUUGUCAGGCCGGGUGUUUCUCUCCAGCGCCCCAGCUUCUCCAGCGUGACGUCUCGCGAUUCCGGCUGCUCUCCAUGUUCCAGUGAUUCCGACUUGAGCGUUGCUUCCGUAGCUGCCGGCUCAGGCCCCUCGGGGCUGGAUGUGGGAUGGAGCUUCGCCGCGGGUCAAGGCGGAGCACCGCCGGCGCCCCGGGGGCAUUUGAAGCGUCCUUGCCACGGCUGCCGGACCCUCGUUCCACCUUCGUUGCUCGAAGAAGGUUUCCCCGGCGGCGUCGCCUUGCUGACGGCUCAGGAAGCCAGGCGACAGGGCGCCCGACGCUUUCGCGCUCCGCCGACGGGUCUGCGUUUGCGGUUGCGGCGCUGCUCCUCUCGGUCGGACUCGCCCGACAGCAGUUGCCCUGCGUCCGCAGGUCGGCCUCGCGGACCUGCCGGGUACCCACGUGCUGUGGCAGCGUUGCAAAGCGGCGCUAUCGGUCCUCAGUGUGUCCCAGGGCACCCUCGGCGGCACACCGCCCCCGGGCCUGAGAGACUGCUCGACCCGAGCGGUGACUGUGGCACCCAGGGCGAAUCGGACGAGCUUUCGGUCGGCUUCAGUGACGCCUCUGGGGACAGCCAGAAGAUCGAUGCAAACGGCGUGGAGAGCUGGAGCGAGUGUGCGGGAGUGGCAGCUACGGAAUCCGAAGAAUUCACAAGAGAAUUCAACGGCUGCCCCCGCACCAGAAGAGGCUGUGCAGGUGUCCGUCGCGAAGGCCAGCCAGAGGUGACUGUGGAGGCUCGCAGGAGGCGAAGUCCCAGGACGGAUGCGAGUGGAAGGAGAAGCGGAUGGCACGGAAGCGCCAGUGAAGCCCACGGCCACGAGUGCCACGUCAGCCGCAUGCAGGUUCACUUGUGUCUCCACUAUAUCGCCGUGGAAGUCAACUAUUCGUGUGCGUGUCGUGGGAACCCGUCUCAGAAAGGAGGCAAGCCCGGUCGGGGCGGGGACAGCGGUUGGAGGCUGGGAAUGCCGCCUUGCCGGCACGACGAAAGUCCUGUGUUCCUAUCCUCGCUUUGCUGUCCAUCGCUGUCGCCUCCCUCGCCAUCGUCUCCGUCGCCCUCGGCCCAUCUCCUCUGGCUCCUGCGCUGGCCCCACACCUCAGAGACAGAAGAUGACUUGUCGGCGACGUUUGCUUCCUUCGCCGGUGGCAGCGACGCUGGCGGGAGGAAGGGAGGGUGUACGAUCUCGCCUCUGUGGAUGGACAGUGCAAGUGGGUCUCCUGCGUUUUCCUCCUCCUCGACGUUUGGUCGCAGGGUGAACGCAGACCCAAAGACCCACACCAGUCAAAGUCUGCGAUGGCACCUGUUCGCGAGUCACGCUUUGUCUCCGUGGAAAGGCCUGAGUGUGAACGACCAGGCGUUCUACAUCAUUUCGCCGUCGUCCCUCUUCGCCCUGUCGCCGUCCCUGCGCCCGUUGUCGGUUCUUCUGAAUGUGGCCAUCUUCGAAGGCGUGACCGCGGCGGCUGCGUUCUGUGUUGUCAACGGCGUCGAGCUGAAGUGUCUCUGUCACUUGCUGCUCUUUGUGGGGCUGAAAUAUCGAAAGCUGGAUAUGGUCAAGUCGGCCCUCGGCCUGCUUCCCGAGGCGCAGCAGAUGGCCGGCAUUCGUAUGCUCAUUCUUUACAUUCUCCGCGGCUACAGCAGUGAGCGGUUAGUCGUCCCUGUCCACCUUCCGCCUUCGCCUCAGGCGUCGCGCUCCGCUUGCCGGUCGGGGCCGCCAGAAGCUGAGAGAAGGAAAAAGAAAGGAAGAAGAGAGGAAUCCACAACGCCCGCGUCGGGCCUCAAUACCCCGAGGAACAUGCCGCAGAGAUCCGCUGACGCAACAAGAUCGGAAACGUGUGAACAAGUCGAAGUCCUGGAUCUCCCCGGCGACGCUGCACCGGAAGUGGACUACUACACUGCUGCCGCACCGGGGAUCUACUCCACAGUUCUUUACCUCUUACACCUCUUUCACUUCCCCAUACAAGAGAGGCAUGCGCCUCCUGCUUUCUCGCCACCCCCAGCAUCUCUUCUUCCUCGGCCUCUUGGCACCCAAGGGAGAGCGCAAAGCCCCGGUCAGGCGACACUCGACCCCCGAGGGGACGGCCAGCAUUUCGAUCACCAAGGGGAAGGACCUGAUCUAGAAAACAAGCUUGCUGUCUCGCGUACUCCGUUACCUUUACCUUUCUGUGCAUCCCCUUUUCGCCCCUACAACGGGGACGCGUCGCGGGCCCCUGCGCGCUCUGGCGUCUUCCAACACUGUAGGGAGACCCUGCGUCUCCUGGAUGGCUGGUCCCUUGACGAUGUGGAGGGCGACCGAGGGUUGUGGCGCCAUGGUCAGGCCCACGCGAGAUCUAUGAGAAAUGCUUUUCCGCCUCCAGCGAUCUGCAUUCUCCCUCCGCACCCGCUGGUGUAUCCGAGGGAAGGCAACGGCGGCGGUCGGCUCAGGUCUCUUCUUUGUGCGUCUCGACGCUCGUCCUUCUCCUUUGAUCCCAGCCACGCGGACGCCGUCGAGCGCGCGAGAGCUGCUGCGGCGCGCGCGACGACUGCUUGCGUCACGUCCUGGAGUCGCGGUAUGGCUGUCCCGUUCCAGGGGUCUCUUGCCUCUCAGCUCGCGAGUGGAUCACCUGGUUCUGCUGGGGCGGGGCUUUCUUUGGGAUCCCAGCCAGCCGUGCCCAGCGCUAUGCUGCUCUUUGGAACCUGCAGUCGAUGCGACCCUCGUCUCCUUUCUUCCUUGGAACCGGAAGCACGGGCUGAUUCGAGACCGGAUCUAAACCCAGCGGGGGCUUCUUGGACCGGUCGAGUCGUCUCGGGAGGAGGCAGCCAACCUGUGGGGUCUGCUUCGUUUGCCUCGGCUUUGCAAGGGUCCUCAGCGUCAGGGUCAGCAGGAGGCGAGGCGAAGUGCCAGGAAAGUCUGCUCGCAGAAGCCGCGGUUGCUGCGGCAGCUGCAGCGGCGGCGUCUUCGCUUCUCGCCGUAGACAAGGCGUUUUGCUCUCGUCUUCUCGCGAUCCUUCUGCAGUUCGCAAAUGCCCUGAUAGGCCGGCGGGUUCUCCGUAAAAUUCAAAUCUGUGACGAAUGGUGGAAGGGCGUCCACUCGGGCAACCGCCCAGAGUCUCGCAGUUCUGCACCUCCGUCGCCUGCCUGGUCUUCCCGGUCGUCACACACCUCUUCUUCCCGCUCGUGUGCGCCUAUCUCUUGUACUGUCGGAGGGCCUGAAAAGCGUUCCGACACCGCGACGGUUCGAGGUGCCCAGCGCAGGGCUCAGCAGCAGGUGACGGACGAACUUCUCGAGCUCACUGUGUAUCUCCAGUUCAUUCGCGCCCUGCAACAGGCGCUCAUGCUCUCUCUCCCAAGCGCGAAGGUCUACCACCUCUCCGCUGCGAGUCUCCACCAUGUCCGCACUGAGCAGCAGAAGGCUCUCCAGCUGCCUCUCUCGGCCUCUCAGGGGUCUCAUGCUGCCGCCCCGGUGACUCGCUCGAGAUCUGGCGCCCUGGCCCCUUCGGCGGCUUCCGGCCUUUCUCCAGGCGACGCAGAGGCGGAUCAAAGGUCGGAAAAAGGAAGGCAAGAAGACCAGGCAGCGAGACGAUCUAACGAGAAGAGUCCACGGCGGGAUGAGCGUGCCUGGGACCACAACGAGCGCCGGGAAACACGGUCAGUCGGACGGAGGGUUGCUGAUCUUCCGUAUCCUUCGGAAUGGGUGCACGAAGAAGCGAGGCCAGCUUCGUCACAAGGAGAGAGGGAAGAGUGUGACAAUGGCAGUGGCGAGGACGGAAGCACACGCGGGGUUUCAGAGAAACUCAAUGCUCUCCCUGCCCCGUCUAGGGAGAGCUGUGCGCCACCUUCCGCGUCUGUCGAGGCGAAUCAAGGGCACCCACAGGAGCAUCCCGAAAGCUCCUCUCCUCCUGUGAUUUCCAGCCGCUCGAUGCGACAAAAGCAGACUGACGCUGCAGCCGCAGCUGCCUCCGUCACCUGCAGCACGCAGGAGAAUCUCUGGCCCGACGACGCAGACACAGAAUCCGUCAUCCGCGAUGCCCUUCUCACCGGGCGUGUCAGCUCUGCUCUCGUCUGGCUGGAGCGAAGACGCACAACAAUCAAACAGCAAACACCGCCGGCAGUGCAUGCCGCGAGCGAAGAGAGAGCCCGUUCGGCGAGUACAGCUCAAGUUACAAACCUCCCGCGAGGUCGUAAGUCGUCUGCAGGUCGAGACGCUUCGACAUCGAGGGCCCUCUGGGGGGAGGCCGGAGAUGCGGAAGAAGCGGAGGAGACAGCAAUGGCGACUGUCCAGCGCGUGGGCCGCAGGAUGGUGUUCCAGCUCUUCUGCAAUCAACAGGUGGAAUUCUUCUUCGUCGGCAUGCAGAUGCUCAGGCAGCUUGGAAUCAAUGUGCCGGCCUUCUGCUCGGCCGUGGCCUUCUUCACCACGCGCCCGCUCGUCCGGCGCCGCCUGCUCCGCCACUUGCGGCAUAUGGGGCGCCUCAGUCAGGCUCGGCUGAAACUCAUUGACUUUCUACAGGUUCUGGAACAGGAGUUUACGAAUCCAUGCUACACAGCGGAAUAUAACCGUCAGAUGACCUUGGCUUUAACCCAGCAGCAGCCUGUGCAUAUUAUCGAUGCCCUACCUCCUUUGCCUGCACGUUCUUCUUCGCUUUCUUGCAAGAGCCGCGACGCCUCUGCUUCAGAGCUCCUGCGUUCAUCCUCUCAGACCCUUGGCCACCAGGUCGAGAGCGGUUCCCACCCCGCACAGAAUCGGCAGGGAGACGAGACGUGGAGCGAACUCUCUGGCGGGCGCUCUGGCCCGGCCAGCCCCGACGGUCGAGCUCGGUGGCUCCAACUCUCUGCUGCCCCACCGCGACAUGGAAUCUGGGAGCUCGCCGCCGAGGGUGAUGGGGGACCCGCGCUGCCCUUGUUGAGUGGGCGCAUCGCCGGAACAGCCGUGUGGCCCCCAGGGGGCCUCCUAGCCCUCUGGAUGAGUGUGGAGUGCGCGGGUAUGGUCGGAGAGGAGACUCGAGAGAUGCUUCUGGCGCGACUGGCGCCCUGUUUCUUCCGCGAGGCGGGGGAGACAACGAGAGACGCCAGGGAAGGCCGACAGGGCGAGAAAGCGCGAACCGUUGUUUAUGUAAAUUCGCAGGGCGAAGACGUGAUUCGAGGCAUCGGCGGAAUAUCAGGUCGGGAGGGCGAGGAGGUCUGUGGCGACCGCGUCGUCUGCGCUCACAGUCUCUCGGAUGAGGAUGAAGAUUACACCCUCCUUUCUGUCUAUGCAAAUGGCCCUGUCGCUUUUGCCCCCUCGCCGCUGGAACAAGCGAGGGGGCAGCCGAUCAGUGGAGCGACUGCCGGAGGGUCCCAGACAACCCCCGAGAGGAUUCCGACAGCGGCUCUCGUCUCCCACUACUCGAACGAAGCGGUCACCGCAUGGGCGCACUUGCAAGUCGGAGAUGUGGACGAUCUCUCUUCUGUGCGACUCUUCGGCAUUCCUGCGUUUCCUCACAAUCUCCAUACCUCCACGACGGGUGGCCCCAGCGAGGGCCUCGACUCCCACACUGCCGCUGCGGCGGCUGCUUUGAACGAAACCUUCAGUUCCGCGUACGAACUGGACGGAGGGGACGGCGGAGUGCCGUCGGAGAGACAGACCCGACAAGAAACGAGCGCGAGGGCGGAAGGAAGGUCUCGAGCCGCAGGAGGCGACAACAAGCAGCGGCUGGUGGCGAGCUCGGACAGAGGCCAGGAGGGCGGGAGGCGCCGCAGGGCGCGCGCGGGCAGCGGAGAAGAGUGCUUCUCGAGCGAAGGCCAGGAGACAACGGAGAGACAGAGCCGCGACCGCACCAGCUCCGCCAGGGCUUCUCUCUCCCCUUCUGCUGAACGUGGAAGGAGACGACGAGAGGAGCCGUCGGGACCUGGGCGAGAAACAAACGCAGCGGAAGACGAAUCGGGUGAACACGGUGAAGGCGAGAGCGAAGAAGCCUUCACGGAGAGACGACAGCGAGGGCAGAAUAGCGCGGAAGCAGAGAAUGCUCCGGUGCGUUCUGCAAAGGGCAAACGACCCACUGACAGGAGGCAUGAAGACUCCUUAGGUUCCGCCACUGGCAGGGGUCGAGACACGGGAAGCGUCGAAGAAGACGCAGAACGCCAGAGACUCGCAGAGGCGAUGCGUCUGAUGAAGAUGAGAGGCAUCUGCUGGGAGUGCCGGCGCGCUGACGUGAAAGACCUCGAUUUCUCGUUUAGCCGGGCGUCGACACGCACGCCCUGGAGGGGCCUCAGGCACCGUCAAGACGGCCGCGCAGCGAUUCAUGGGCGCGGCUCGGCGCUCCUUUGCAUUCGUGGCGACGAACGGCCGACCGAGAUCGCAGAGCCGUCUUGGUUCGCCUCGGGGGCGGGUGCAGGCCUCGAAGCAGAAGGCUCGAAACAGAGCGGAACGUUGGGUAGUGGAGGAAAAGAAGACGGAGAAGUGCUUGCAAGACAGAGCGAGUCUUCUUUGCUUCGGUCGCCAAGCAGCCCCGGCUCGUGGACUGCGUCUUUUCUGGACGCCCUGGAACUGCGGCUUCCAAAGAAAUCCAUUUUGAGUGGAUAUUUGUGUGUAACUUUAGACUGGGUGUCUAGGUGGAGUCGAGGCGCCUCGCUGCGCAUUCUCCUGGAGAGGCGACACAUAUCGCUUCUCGAUGACCUGCGAGCAGAAGGCCAACGCGGGGAGAGGGCGCGGCAAAAGGAAAGAGAACGGGCAAGGAGGGGGGCCGCCUCGGGUCAUUGUGCCCGCAUCUCGAGAGAGAAGACGAAUCCCGACCAAGAGGUGAAGGAACAAAAGCCGAGCUUAUGGAGUUGCCCGGGCAGACGACUGGAGAAGCGAGAUAGAGAGCGACGAGAUCGGGGUUUGGGGGGCCCAGAAGCGCUUUCCAAGAGCCGACAUUGCCCCCGCCGGGCUUCUCCAGUCCGCUCGCGCACCGGCGCGGACAGGAAGACCGUGACAUCCGUGAUUGCUUCUUCUCUGAAUCUCCACGGGAACUCCCUGGGUUUGUGGUGGCACACGUUGAUGUACUUUGUAAGUCACCACGACUGGCGAGGAGUCUCUCUCUGGGUGCGCCGUCUGCCUCUCGAGGGUCUCUCAGUCAACUCGUAUGGCGUCUGCGGUCCUCAGGAGACGGCUCCGGAGCUGUCUCGCCCUCACACGCACCUCGUCCCGCGGCUCCUCUCGCGCCUCACCCGCCGUUGCCUCAACGCAUGCUCACCUUUUCUCCGUGAUGUUCUCCUACAAGAGCUAGCCAUGCGCGGCAUCCUCUGCGAAAGCAGCGGAGACUCUUGGGGCUUCCCGCUCCUCCUUCGCCGCCUCGCGAAGGCCGGUCUUCUCUUCUCUCUCGCGAUCGCAGGUGCAGAGCCGGAGGCGGAUGGCCAUGAAGACGACAAAGAGAAACGACCAGGAGAACGCGAAGCGUCGAUCUUGUCCCUCACCAAGGCGUUCGUCCCAGUCCGCCAAGUGUCUCCCUUCCACUGCUACCUUCUUCUUCUCUUCAUUGUCAACGAUGUUCCCAGCCUCCUCAGCGCCUACCUCCAGGUCUAUCGCUUAGGCUGCACGUACGCAGCAGUGCACGAGCUGAAGGAGGCACUGAGCCAGAGCGCCGCUUCUCUCAUUCAAGAUCGGAUUCGCUCGGGUCCGUCGUCUCCGGCUUCUUCCUCCACGGUGUCUUCUUCCGGCAAAGAGCGUGGACAGGGUGCAGAAACGGACGGGAAAGGUUCACCGCGACAGGCAGAUCGGCCGGAGAAGACGAACUCCACAGGGGCACGAGAAGAGAGCGAGCCGAGUGGUACGCAGGAACGAAAGGAGAGAAAGGACUCGAGAGACACCGGAACGCCUCGGCAAUGCUGGAGUGUCGUCGGCGGCUCAGGCAGUGCGUACUGGCGGACAGUCUUGCUUCUGGGUCGCCUCGGGAACAACGCUCUGUUCGCCACGGCUCUGCACCAAGCGGCUUGGCUGCUUCUUGAAGAAGAGCGUCUCGCGUCCCCCUCUCCCCCGGAAGACACAGGAGAGACAUCCAGAGGCACCGGAGAGGACGAGGCGGGCCGUCGGACGGCGUCGGAGGCGCUCGUUGGAAUGCCCUGUACAGGGCGAGAGGGAGACGUGUGCGGCGCGUGGAGAGCAAACAGGGUCAGAAAGGGAGCUCCGUAUUUUUCGAUUCGGAGACUCGUCACGUACGACAGCGACAACGUAGGCUUCGUGGCGCUCAACUCGCUCGCGUGUGUCGGCCGGCCGCUUCUUUUCCUGGCGACCCUCAUGCUGCUUCCGCUCUCCUCCGCUCUCGAGGCCAUGGAGGCUGACAAAGCAUUGCCGUGGCACUUGGAGGAACAGACGUUGAGGUCCACCCUCGAGGCGUUUCCGGAGUUGUUUGCGGCGUAUUACCCCGAUGAGGCGCAGCCUGGCGAGGGCAGCCUCACUUCUCCCUUGGGUCGGAAGGGCCUCUCAAGUCUAGAACCCCACGGAGAGACGAGAAGCGUCUUCUGUGCCGGACUUCGAACGCAGAAAGAGGAGUCGGAGUCCCUUCACAUCCAGGAGGGAAGGCCUCUGCCUACUCGCUUGCCACUUCCGCUCUUCGAAGUCGUGCUUCGCCAGCAGCAUCGCCAGCGCAUGGAAGGCGCGAGAUGCCAUCAUCGAGGCGAACGGACCUGCAAGGCCCUCGGGGGGCCUGCGUGCCUCCAGGACAUCGAAGGCGAGAGCGAGCCGGCGACGUGCGCCAGAGCCGAAGACGAGAGAAUCAACCGAGAACAGAAAGAAGCGUUGCAUUCGCCGGAGAAGAGCUAUGGACCCAGAGAUUUCUUUGUGUGCCCUCAUGGGUCGAACCACGAAGAAGAAGACUUGGAUAGCCUCCUUCCUGACUGUAUUGUUUCGUUGGAUGCCGACUGCGUCGCGGACUCUUCGCCUCGAACUUGGCGAGGCGAUGUCUCGCUGUUGGCCAUGCUCUCGGACGUCACGGGCCUCGACGCUUCCGCUCUUCUUCGUCCGCUGCCUCUCUUCCGGCGGCUCUUUGAGCUGCAGCGAGCCCGGAUGCGCCGCCAGCGCUUGUCUGCCCUGCUGAAUAGCCGGCGGCUCGCAUCUGGGGCUUCGGCGGAGACAGAUCCAGAGGAGAAGUCGCGAGAUCACAUGAAGGAGGUCAAGGAAGACGCGGAAGGGGAGCGUGUGCUCCUCGCCUGGCUCCGAUCUGGCGAGGCCUUCUCGGCCAUCAAGGGCGACGCGCUGGGGGUGUCGAGGGGGAGCCAGGAGGCGGAAAAGGAGUCCCAGGGCUCCCUGGUCACCUCGACGCCAGCCCUCUCAAAUAGGCAUCCCGCGUCGGCGACCUGCACCGCCGAGGGUCUGAGCGUUGCCUACUAUAUUGCCCAAGGACGCCCCGCUAUGGCCUUCCAUCUCCUCUUCGCUCUGCGAGCGGCCUCGUCCCUGCCGUUCUCUUCGUCCUUUUCAGAGGCGGGGCCGACGGUCGAGGACGCCCUCGCGGGUUGGACGAAGCAGGCCGCUGACCGCGUGUGUCUUAAUCUCUCAGAGGCUGAGCAAGAGGCCUUGUACGACGUCGCUCUGACAGUGGCGCUCUACAACAUGCUUAACGAUGGCGUCGUCGCUGCGGCGCUCUGCUUUCUCGAACUGUGUGGCCUGGAGACAGAGAGAGUCAGAGUGGAUGCCCUCUCUGCGAGGCAAAUCUACCUCCAUCGAAAGGGGAUUCACGCCCACACCUCCACGGCGCCCAAUGCGCCCUUCUCGCGUCGAAGCACGAAGAAGAAGGGGGCAGAAGUGGAAGCCGGAGACGCUGGAGAGGUGACAGUGACGGCGGCUGACAGCUUGUCUGCCGACGGAGGAAGGGCCAGGGAGACUGGAGACACGCCGCGAGGAGGCGCGAGUGCGCAGGCCACGGGUCUCGAGGGCAGUGGCUUCGAGGGAGACGAGACAGAAGAUGAAGCCGAAGAGGAUGCGUGGUUUCCGGAAAUGGCAGAAGAGGACAUUGUCCCCGACGAAGAAGCGGCCAGCGUCAUUGACUUGUUUCUCUCGUUCCCGAAGCCCACGAAGCGGCCGACGACGACUACGGGAGCGCAGACCGGCGAAGACGAUGACGGGUUCGGCUCUCAAGACGAAGGCGGCCAGGAAGAACAGGGCGCGCGGAAGCCGAGACAGCGCGACGACAAGAAGGCCGACACCAAACUGUGUAAAGACGAGAACGAAGAAGAAGAGAGUUCCGCGGGGAUCUCUUCGCCACACCUGCUAGCGGCGCUCAGAAUGCUCGAGGAAGCCACCUGGUCACUCGACCCGAAUCUCGCAACCACGCAAGCCGCAGCCGCCACGCCCCUAAGUCUCGAUUCGCCUUGGCACCUCGUUGGGCUCUUUUGCCGAGUCCAUCAGCUCCCGCGGUCACUUACGCUUCUUCACGAACUGGCAAGAAAUGACGAAUGGCUUCUUUUUCUCCAUGAAGGAGACCUGCAGCAAUGUCCCGUCCAGACGAUGACGAACAUCAUUGACGGAUAUUUCCGCGACGCCCCGCUGCGCCACCACCUGCGCAUCGUGGUCCGCAGUGUGGAGCGGCCACCGCUGUCUCUGUCCCCGCCCGCCUCUCGCGUCCUGCCUUUCUCUUGCUCUUUCGACGAGGCUGAUGCAGAUGGAGAGGACGCUGUCUCGUUCCCAGACCUGAUCGAGUCAGAGUCGCCGUCAAAACCGUUUCUGGUUCCAGAGUCAUGGACAGUCGACUCGUCUCCCCUCUCGCUUGUCGAACGACAGGCGGCUCCCACUGUGGAAGAAAGACCUCAACCAGAAACCGGUCUCAGCCCGCUAGAAGAGAGAAAUGGAGAUCCGAGGCGAGGUGACGGAAGCGGAAAAGAGCAAGCUGACCCCACAGAGGCUUCGGGCCUAACUAGCGCCCAUCUGGUACCGCGGACGGAGCCCCGAAACGACACGGGUCCUCCAUGUCCGGGCAGCGGGAUUCGUUUGCCAAAUGCAGACGUUUCAGAUGUUAUGUCACUGCUGCUGAAGUCGCGAGUAGCGAGCCCAGCGCUUGGCCUGGGUUCUCCGCAGGACGUUCCAGGACUGGCCGAGGCGCGGGCGCAGCAGCCUCUGGCGAGUGUCUCCCCACUGUCCUCACCUUCGCCGCCACUUUCGACCGACUUGCAGGGAGUCGGGACGCAGUUGUUGUUGCAUGCGCUGAAGGUCUGCUGCCCACGCCUUUCAGUGUACGCGGCUUGCUUCGCAGACGCCAGUUCACUCGUCUGCGUGAACACCUGGCUCUACCUGCAGACUCAAACGCUCCUUCUUUCUUCCCGCUUUCCUGGAGAUCGCGAGCGGCGCGCAAAGCCUUCCUCUGCGGGCGGAGACGCGGCGCCGGGGCGGUACGCGAGCUACGAGUCAGGCGGCGCCCGGAGAAGCCGCAGGAAACGAGGCGAGGAAGGAGACGGGAGACGCCGGCGGCGAACACUCGAGCGGGCGCAGCUGGGGGAGCUCGAGUUGGGCGCGCGAAUUGAGCACGACCCCAACAGAGAGCAUCCAGAAGCUUCGCUCCUGGAGCUGACACUGCUGGGGCUGUCCGCAGUGACUUCUUGGCGGGGCGAGAGUGGCCGAGGACGAAAGCGAAGCCGGGAGAGAGAAGAAGAUCUGUCUUCCGAUGCCGACGCAGCAGAGGAGACGGAGGGGACGACGCGCAGCUGCGGUCCCGGAAGGCGCCGGAGAGACGCGGACGGGGGACGGAAAGCAAAGAAGCGAGGAGAGGAAGUCGUGUGUGGGGACUUGUUUCUUGGAGACAGCGGUGAAGGAGACAAAGAGGGCGCGAGGGAGAGCGCGGGCCGUCUCACACCUCCCGCCUUCUUCCCUUCGUCCACGGAAGGCGAAGAAGAAGCUCUCCUUCUUUGGCUCUCAGACCCGAGGCACACGGUUCGCCUCGUUCUCUGGCUGUGCGAAGAGGGCAUGUACUCCCUUGUCAUUCGAGCGUUUCGCCUCUUCGAUGAGAGCAACGUCCUUCUCGACAUCCUUCUCUUCUUCAGAGCGUUCCUCCAGUGUCGAUUUGAGGCCUCAGAGCGGCUCCUGCGUCGCUUCGUUGAGCGCCGCGACGCGGUUCUUGCUGCACACGAAAACGACGGUACGUACGCAUGUCUCCCAUCGAGCGACGGCCCUUCGCGAGCAUCGGAGGAGACUGAAGAGACGCCGGCGACGCUCGAUGAAGCAGCUGGGGCUGGCGCAGCGGGUACGCAAGGCAGCGAAGCGAGCCUGGGCCUGGUGCCGGACGGCCUUCGGAUGGCGGACGCCCUUAUUCACUUUCUGUUGGGCAAGCACCCCCUGUUCCGGCGACAGCUCCUGCAGCAACUGCACAGCGCGUCCUACUGUCCUUCUCUCUCGCUUCUGUUUCACUCGUACAUCCUUGUUGAGCAGCACAAAUUGCCCUCGCCUCUCGACUUCCGCAGCGACAGCAGCGACCUGCUGGACGCCCUGAUUGCCCUGCACAAAUACCAAGAAGCCCGGAGGUGGAGACGCCUCGCAGGCCUUACUCCGAGCUUUGACAUUGUUAUCACCGUCCACGAAGUCACCCACCUUCUUGCCUCCUUCAAACAAGGUGGAUGCUGGGCCGACGGCCACGAACGCCUCAAGACCUGGAUCCGAAGUUUCGAGGUCUUCAGGCUCCAUCGACUGCCGAAAGUGCUCGCUGCGCUCUUCUUCCUCGACGUGAACGCGAAGCUGGAGCGAGAACUGUUCGCGAGGGACCAAGCGAUGCUGCUGGCCAUGGCUCUCCAGCUCCUCCUCGAGUCAGCCCCUUCGUCUCUUCCUUCCUCUUCUCUCGCGUCCUCUCCCGCGCCGCGGUUUGUCUCUCGACACGCUCUUCUCACGCACCUGAGUCGUUGCGUCGACUAUGCACAGGACUCCGACGACAGCGAGGAGAGCGAGACGUUGUGUGCCGAGGGAGAUGCCGUCGCGGUCGACGGCCGCCUCGCUCCUGCUGCAUCUCCGGUCGCCUCGUUCUUCCCUCCUUCCCUCGCUUCCCUGUCUCCUCGGCAGGUCUCGAGUUCUGGGGUGUCUGACCAGGCCACUCUGUUGUCGUGCGUGCCGCUGCAUCCUGUGGAGCUUCUCGCCGUUUUCAAGUCCUAUAGCCGCAGCCGCAGGGACGCAGCGCCUCUGUGGCGUCCGUGCGAGACGAGGAAUCGAGGUGGAGACGCUCUGGCGUUUCAUGGGGGUGACAAGGCCCGACGGCGAGAGAGACUGGUGAAGCGCGAGCUCGGGUGCGCCCUGCGCGCGCAUGCAGGGCAGAACAGCAAGCGAAGAGACACGGAGGCCGCGCCUGGAAAACGCAACCUGCGGACGCCUCACCUCCACUGCCUGGUGCUCGCCAGAGAAGAAGGCGAAGACCGCCAGGCCAGCGUCAGCGCAAGAGGAGAGGAGAGAAGACCGGAGAGAGAUCCACGUCGAGCUGCAGGUGGGGAGGAAGAAGAACAGGGCGAAGAGGAGCCGCACUGGGGUGCCGUUGUCAGUGAGACGCUUCUACAGGAUGUGGCGUCUCGCCUUCUGCUGCUUCUCGCAGGACAGUCCAUUUCCGCAGCUGAGGAGGCCAUGACGCCUCCUGCAUCGAGGCCCGGCGGCCGCCUCAACCCCCUGAAAGGGCGUGACGAGGAAGUGACCCUUCGGGUGUUGGAGAAGAAAGAAGAGGAGGAAAGCAACCAGGAUGGAAAGGGACCAACGUCUUCGCUGGACGGCGGGUGUGGCUUGAAUGACGCACGCCCAGAGCACUCGGAUAUGUUGCAGCUCACUUCUCCAGACGCGAGAGUUGUGACAGGAACGGCGUCGCUGUCCUCGGAGCCCCCGUCUUCUCGCUUUCCGCGGUCUUCGUCCGUCCACCACCCUCUAGUGUUCGAAUCAUACAGUUCCCUCAGAAACCGUAUUGAAUCUCUCCUGCCGCCGCAGCUUCCAGCUCUCCCUUUCAGCCUCGAGGCGUCUUCCUACGACUCUUCGGCGGGUCUCUCUUCCGCCUUCGCUGGUACGCCGUCAGACCACCCGCGAGAAGAGGAAUCUUCGUUGUGGGAUGCGUCCUGCUCCGCUCUGCUCCGUGGGGCCUCGUCCGACAGGGACUCUCGGCCCUCGCCCCGCGCUCCUUCGCUCUCUGGGUCAGACCAAGCCGCCGCCGGCGUGCGAGAGACUGUCCCCGGCUCGUGCUCUAGGGGGCCUCCCGCCUCGGAGGCGCGUUGUCUUCUCAAGUGUCUCCAGAGCGCGACGGCGAACCUCAUCAACUGCAACCACCUGGAGGCGGCAAAGAGCCUUGUUCUCCGCUUCUCCCCCGCUGUACUCAGUUGGGCAGAAGUAGAGGCGAGACGUGCCAGCAGAGCCUGCGGCGGCGGAGACCAAGGGACCCCAGGAGGAGAAAGCAGAGGAGCGGAAGCAGAAGGUCGGGGACGGCAAGGACAUGGAGGAGAGGCAGCCAAUCGGCGGCGAAGCCGCCGAGAAAAAGGACUGGCGACAGACGCACGCAGUCUGAGUCGGCCCCGAAGGCGGCAGAGAGACGAGCCUCGCGGCGGGGACCUGGCCGCUUGGAUAGAGACCGCGGCCGAGUCGAAGCUCGAGAGGACAAGAGACGCCUCCUUGCCCGGCGAGGCGCGACGCGAAGACGCAAAAAGACAGGACGCGAGGGCAGGCGAAAGCAGAGACGGCAGCCAAGACAUCAAGGCCCAACUGCAGUUGCUGGCUGACGACGUCGCCCUCGUGGAGCUGCUUCUGCAAACCGUCAAAGUUUUCAGUCAGUGCGCAAGCAACCAGAACGCUGGAUCAAGCCCCGAGGGGCCUCGGACGCCUAGCGAUACCGAGAAAGAUGGCGACGAUGGAAGGAAUCGCGACGAAGAGAGGAGCAGCGACGAAGAGCAGAGCUACAGACGCGCGGCGGUGGAGACAGGAGACAGUGUGGGCAGAGACGUAGAAGGAGAUCAGGGCGAGGGCACAGAACGACAGGAAGGCGAGGGCUCCGGCGACGAAGUGCUAAAGGCUCUCAAGAGAGCGGUGCGCCGGGCACCUUGCUUUUCUCAGCGCGACAAGCAGCCGCCGCCGCUUCUGCCUCACCAAGUGGAGCUUUUGGAGCUUCUGAUCGACGAAGACGGCGCUGUGCGUGAAAGGGCGAGAGCCGCAGGAGAGGAGGAGAGCGACGACUUCCAUGUCAGGACAAGAUCCGCUCCAAAAUCGUUGAACGAACAAAGUCUCGAGGAACGUCAUGCUGGUCCUACUUCGUCCUCGCCACAAUCGCCUAGCUCGCCUCGCGCUCCGCGUUCUUCGACUUCUUUUGCGGAGGGAUUGAGCGACCGCGAGCAGUGUAUCCUAUUGGUGGAGCAGCUGGUUCGUCGCUGCACUCGGGCCAUUCUUCCCUUUUCGAAUCGGCUGCUCGUGUGUCUGGCGAUUUCGCAUGUGCUCGACUCUCCCUUCUCCGUCGUAGUGCAGUUGUGCAACGACGCGCCUCACGAUCUGCUUCUCUCUCUCCUCCAACGGGUCGGCGUCCCCACAGCCGCGCGCCCGAGGCUCGUGCUCUGUCGCCAUUACCUCAACAUUUGCCUCCAGAAACUGCCGCCGCAGACGGUGGCCCGAGUCCUCGUGCGAGCCUUCGUCGACCACCAGAUCGAGCAGUUUCGCAGCGCGUCUGUCUUUUACUCGCAGCGACUCCACGAAGAAGGCGAAGAGGCCGAAAAAGAGAGUGAAGAAGAGGAAGGAGAAGAAGAGGUCGUUCUCGAGUGGUUUGAGUGGCCUCUCAGUUUGCUGUAUCAGUUUGUCUCUCUGGGGGGCGUGUCGACGGCAGUUGGCGAGGAGGCACUCGGCGUUCUUCGUCUUCAAACGAAGCUGUGGGACGACCAAGAACAAGAAGCUGAAGGACAGAGUGAUUCCGUCAGCAGAGGAGAGAAGAAAGAGGAGACGGAAGGAGAAGACCGGCGGUGGUGGGCGUCGGCCUUGCCUCUCGCGGAACCCCUGCCACUGGAGUGUGAAGUCGAAGUAAUGAUUCUCGCCUACUCUGCAUUUGCCAGCAGCAGCUCGUUUGCAGGCGUCGCAGAUCUCCUCGCCGCGAUCAAUUCUCGCCUCGACAUCUACGUCGCCACAGGGCGCUUCUACCUGCUUCAGCGACUCCUCGUCACCAUUCCUGCCUUCCAGGGAUUGGAACGCGCUCUCGAUCUGCUGCUGGACAACAAUCGUUUGGAUGACCUGCUUCACUGUUGUCAGUGUUGCCUCGCUCUGCCUCCUGCUCCUCGGUGCCACACCGCCUUUCCAUUGUGUCUGCUGUCGGGUACGACUUCUUGCUCUUAUCGCGCUUCUGCCCCGCUCGUGCUGGAUGAGCAUGUCCGCGGACUCGGUCCAGACUCCAUGGCGUCUGACGCGAAUCCGGGGAGCAGCUCCAGCCUCGUCUCGGCCAACUUCUCUUCGCUCCUGGGAGGGCCGUCCCCAAGUGUAUGUGCCCUGCCCUGGGCUGACGAGCGGAGCGUCGCAGAGAGCCUGGCAAUCGCCAUCGUCUGCCAUCUACACCGCCGCAUGUUUGCUUCAGAAAGCUCAGCCUCAAAAGGAAAUGGGGAGGGAGGUGCGUCUGGAAACGGCCAAUCCGGACCCAAACCAGAAAGGCUGCAGCUGGACGUCCUCGUCAAGGCUCACAUUCAGCUCGGCCUCACCAGCGAACUCGCGUCUCUGCUGCAGGAGGAAGCCUUCCGGUGCAUGCAGCGGCUCGGACACGAUGUCGACGUCCUCUACUCCGAAGCAGGCGAGGACUGUCUUCUGCUGACGCUCCAGCUGUUCUUGGAGAGCUCGCGUUGGUUCUUGGCGGCGGGCAACCUUCAGUUCCACAUAACUGUGAAUCGUUUGGCUGCGCUGGUGGCGCUGCAGCUGAAAGCCGUGGAGUUGUUUCUGUCGCUUCGGAGUUUGUCUAGAAAAGCGAGAGAGCACGAAGCGCAGAGGCGCGAGCUCGUUCUUCGCCUCCUGGAACGCGUGCAGAAACCCGACUUCCCUCUGCAUGUCUCCAAGAGAGACGCGGAGCGAUCUGGUGUCCUCGGUGACCUUUCUGCUGUUUCCGACCCAAAUGGUCGUUGUUGCGGGUCUUUGGCUUCCUCGCUCGCGGACGCAGUUGACGAGUCGUGGACCCCGACCAGUACCCGUCGGGGCGACAGCUCCCGCGCCUCGCCGGGCGCUUCUACUCCACCCCUAGGCGAUCUCGUUCAGACGCUUUUGUUCGAGUUGAGCUGCGAAGAAGCUGCCAAGCGCGCGGCCCUGACCACGUCCAAGUUCCACCCUCUUGACGCCUCUCUGUCUUCUCGAGAUCCACUGGAAACGGCGGCGAUUCCCGCCGACGCCUUCAAUUCUUCACGAGCAUCCGUCGCGCCGUUCUGCCGAUCUGAAAAGGCCCUCGGCACUCUUUCGCCCUACGACGGAGGGGCGCAUCCUGUCUCCGCUCCACACAGCGAUGUGGGGAGCUUCCGACAGGCCAGCGGGCGAGAGGCGAGGGAGGCGCCUUGCAUUCGCGGCGACUCCGACCGGCACCCAGGCGAGAGGCCCACGGAGACCGGCGGGGUAACGCAGGAGCAAGAAACUGGCGGAGAAGAUGACGCCGAGACCAUUACCGCUUUGCUGACGAGAGGGGGGACGGGUCACGAGAUAGGAGAGCGGGAAGUGCGAGUUUUCAGUGUCCUCCACCUUUCGCUCAAAGAAGUCCUGCUUUUCAUCGAGGUGCACACUGACGCCACUGCCAGUAUCAUUGUCGCCAGGGCGUACGACCACAUUUACGGCAGCAUCGUUAACGCGGCCUGGCCACGAGCCCUCUUUCGCCAUUGCGUUCUGCGCGGCGACCGCCGUUACCGCGAACAGCUGCAAGGUUUGGAAGCCAGGGGAGACAGCCAGGCUUCCUUAUUCUCCGGGGGCGGCCCCAGAUCCGCCGGAGACGAGCCACAAACUUCAGGAAACACUCUUUCGAGUCGGACGUCAUCAAGCCGGCGAAACGGCUCCUUGGCGGCGUCUCCUACCUCGGGUGCGAGAGACACCUUGGCCGAAUCCGAGGAGGACGACGCGUCAAGCGGUCGCGCCUUGUUUGCCGGGACAGGCGCGAGUCUGUGGGAGACUGCGGGUUUCGGAGAAGAAAUCAUGGCUGCAGUUGUCCGUUUGUUUCUAGCAGAGUUUUCUCCCGACGGCGCACUUGCGUCGCAGAGCGGAACGCAUACGGGCCAAAAAAACGCACACAACGCCGUCGAGCAGGCACACUUGUCGCCCUACGAAGCCAGCAAGGGAGACAGGGACACCCUAGAGGGGCGUCGAGCCUCCUCAGCCGCGCGGCGACGAUCGUCUGGGGAGAAAGAAGAGAAAGUCUGCAGGCGCGGCAGUCGUGGGCGGAGAGACUACUCGGUGUCUGCGACUGCGAGGGAACACGAAGGCCACACGGAUACAGCGGAGAUGCCGUCGCCGACAGAGAGGGCCAGCGGUCGAAGGGAGCUCAAGACAAGGUCAUUUGGUUUCGGCGACGGCGCCGGGUGGAUCCGCGCAGACCGACGGGCGUCCCAGGUCUUUCUGCAGAAUUCCGUCGCCCCCGGCAGUCGUGACAUGAACGCGCUGAGAAGCGAGUCCGGCCCGGGGGGCGCUUCACCGGGAGCUGGGAGAGACAGGAGUCCGUGGCACAUGGAGACAGGGAGACAUAGCGACCUCCGAUCUGCAUCUGCCCAUCCUGGUCCGAGGACGAGGUACACCCGUCAGGAGACAGAUCUGUAUAUCUCACGAGCUUCGGACCCGGCCUCGUGGUCGACAGGGGGGGGAGCGAAGCCCGAAUCCUGGGUCGCUGAGUGCUGCGCCUCUGCUCCGAAUAUACGGCGAGACAUAGGCCCGUAUGGCGCGAGUGCUUCGCACCUGCAAUCUCUGCCUUCCUCGGGGCGAUCCUGGACAAGCAGCACCCGAGUGGUAGAUGGAAAUGGGUACAAAGGAGCGGAGGUGCCGACUUGCCAAGUUGGCAAACAAUUGGAUGCGGCUUUUCUCCGAUCGCUCUUUCUCGAGGGAAAUAUUGACCUCGGCCUCCCCACGAUCGCUGGUGUGCAGGAGUAUAGCGUGAACCCCUGCGCCGCAUGCAGAAACGCAGGCACCACCCGCCAGCGGUCGCCUCUCGACCCGGCGUCUCCUCAGGAGUGUCCGCAUGCAAAGGACCAACGCGCUCUCUACACAGCUGCCGCUGAUGUGGACUUUGAGCAAUACACCUUCCAACCCACAGGAGUCGUGGCGAGGAUUCGGCGCGCAUGCGGAGCUGGCCGGGGAGUCGUCGAGGCCGACCGCCUCGCUGACAAGAUUGUCCAGAGAUUCAAGGAACAGUGCAUCGACAAUUUGAAGGACCUCCUCAUUCGCGGAGUCAGGAACCUCGGGCUCCGGUUGAAGUUCUGCCGCCAGCUGGGCCCGGAGUUCGGCGACAUUGCGGCGGAAUGCAGCGUCAUGGCGGAUGAUGCGUCUCUGUACCCUCCAGAGGGCUUCCUUCGGACGCAAGGUCGGCUGAAACCCGUCAGCGUGCAUGCAACUCAGGCGGCGCUGUGGCCCGAGGGAAGCCGCGAUCCUCGCGUGAGCCGAGAGGGCGAACCUGUCGUUUCUCAAACGGCAUUUGCAGAUGGUCCUCUUUGGACCGACGUCGCCGCCAGUGUCGAAGCGUAGACAGAAGAUCACGUCCGGACCUCGCUGGCGGGAAAUGACGUCUCUGGACAGUCUCUACGGGGGCUGAAAGUGCCGAGGGAGUUCUGCAUUGAGUCCAGCGACCCAGGUUGCUGAAGAAUGAGUCUUGGCAAUGGUCACAGUUGACACCAGAUAUGUCCCGCCCCUACGUUUUUUUAUGUAAGGAAGAUUCACAGCGCUUGCUGUGCUCCGCAGCCUUUGUCAGGCGCCACUCAGUCUCAUACCUCCUUUGUCCAGCCACCAGGGGGGGCGAGGGCAAGGUCGCCGAAGGCAGGAGAAAAGCAAGUACGCUUCAGAGGGAGUCAACAUAAAUCUCUAAUCUGGCAGAAACUGCAUUUGGGCACUGAGUGUGCUGGCUGAGGCGUGUGUGUGGCUUGUGUAUUUCUUCGAAAAAACGGCGCCGCAAAGGCGAGCCGAAGCGCAGAUGUUGGCGACACUCCGGCAACACCAACAAAGCAAACGUAUCGUUCGAC